AUGGCCACCAUCCUCUUACUAUACCUAACAAUCAUUCUUAUAAUCACCAAAGUCAUAGCUCAAAACACUAGUACUAACUUCAUCUUCAAUGGCUUCGCCGGGGUUUCCAACUUAACGACAGAGGGCGCCGCUGCUGUCACCACCUCCGGCGUUCUCCAACUAACAAACACCACCACCAACGUCAUCGGUCGUGCCUUUUUCCCUUCUUCGAUUCCUUCUCUUCUUCCCGGCAACAAAACCAUCUCCUUUAGCACCACCUUCGUCUUUCAAAUUCUAAAGUCCGCCACCAGCUCUGGCGGCGGCCACGGCCUCGCCUUCACCUUCUCUCCUGCUAAAACCACUCCCUCACCCGGCUGUUGCCCUUAUCUCGGCCUUUUCGGUAGGGAAAAUAAUGGAAACUCCUCCAACCAUGUAUUCGCAGUCGAGUUUGACACUGCCCGUGGCUUUGGCUUCUUCACUGAUGAAAGCCAUGUUGGCAUCGACAUAAACAGCAUCGUAUCGGUCUCCUCCGCUAGUCCUUCCUACUACGACAACACCACCAACAGCGAUGUCAACCUUGAUUUCUUGCAGGGUGAUCCUUUACAAGCAUGGAUCGAUUAUGACGGUGUUUCGAAGGUUUUAAAUGUGACUUUAGCUUCAUUGAAUGUUGUCAAACCUUCGAAACCGUUGAUAUCUUAUGCCACCAAUUUGUUUGAUGUCUUCAAAGAAAAUAUGUAUAUUGGCUUCUCUGCUUCCACCGGCACACAACCAAACUCGCAUUAUAUCUCCGGUUGGAGUUUCUGCGUGAACGGAGAAGCGCAAGCUCUAGAUCUCUCUUCGCUUCCAUUCCCUCAGCGACCUUCCACCGGAGGCUCAUCAAGCUCAAAACUAAGCAAUGCUGCAAUUAUCGGUAUCACUUUCUCUGUUACAAUCGUUGUUGUGGCAUCAAUAAUCGGCGUUAUCUUGUACCUAAGGCAAAGAGCAAGACUAGCGGAGACAAUUGAAGAAUGGGAGCUGGAUUACCCUCAUAGGUUCCCUUACAAGGAGCUAUACAAAGCCACCAAGGGAUUCAAGGAAGGAGAACUACUUGGAAAAGGUGGUUUCGGUCAUGUUUAUAAAGGAGUUCUCCGAGUCACCGGCGAAGAAGUUGCAGUGAAAAGGAUAUCAAAUAGUUCUCAACAAGGCGUGCGAGAGUUCGUCUCCGAGAUAUCAAGUUUAGGCCGCCUAAGGCAUAGACACUUGGUUCAUCUUCUAGGAUGGUGCAAACGGAAUGAAGACCUCCUUUUGGUCUAUGAAUUCAUGCCUAAUGGGAGUCUUGAUUUGUACCUAUUUGAUAGCCAUAAGAAUAACAUGACACUCACUUGGGAUCAAAGAUACAAAAUCCUCAAGGGGAUAGCACUUGGGUUACUAUAUUUGCAUGAAGAGUGGGAGCAAGUGGUUGUUCAUAGAGAUAUCAAAGCAAGCAAUGUAUUACUAGAUAGUGAAAUGAAUGGGAGACUUGGAGACUUCGGACUUGCAAGAUUGUAUGAACAUGGAGAGAAUCCUCACACAACUCAUGUUGUAGGAACACUAGGGUACAUGGCACCAGAGAUAUCAAGGACCGGGAAGGCGACAGCAAGCUCCGAUGUGUUCGCCUUCGGUGCAUUGCUUUUGGAAGUAGCAUGUGGCCGGAGACCGAUUGAGAUGAGUUAUCCGCCGAGGGAGAUGAUAUUGUUGGAUUGGGUGAAGGAGUGUUAUUUGAAAGGGAAGAUGCAUGAAGUUGUUGAUGGUAAACUUGGAGAAGAGUUUAAUCAGGAGGAGAUGGAGAUGGUUGUGAAGUUGGGCAUUCUUUGUUGUAGUUCUAGGCCAGAGACAAGGCCAAAUAUGAGACAAGUGACCAAGUAUUUGAAUGGAGAUGAGUUUUUGAGUGAUGAUUGGGUAGUUCAAUUGUGUGAAAGUGAUUCAUCAAUGGAUUUGGGUUCUCAUCAUGGUUCUUCCAAUCCUUCUUCAACUGAUCCUUCUACUAAUCCUUCCACUUAUUCACAUGGAGUGGUUUCAUCUGGUUCUUUUUUGGGUGGAAGGUAAUUUAGGUUUGUUCUGAAAAGACAGACGGAUUGUUAGUUGUGUUUUUGUUUAUUAAUUUUGUGUAUUUUGCCAUUAUGUAAGAUUAAAUAAGGUGUUAGGUUGUUUG